UUACAAUGUGGCCUCCACUAUUAUACUCUUUCCUUUAAACUGCAAAUCCAAUCCGCAAUAACAAUUGGUGUUUGUCUCUUCCAAUUCCACACACUCUUCACCUCUCUCCCCCCAUUUCUCUAUCUUUCCCUUUAAUUGACAUAUGUUGGAUUUUGUGGAUGAGUUUUCCUUAGAUGCUUUCAAAAUUCCAGGUCUUCUUAUAUGGAUUCAACUUUUUUUGUUGCUUCUUUUUCUAGCCUUCAUCUUCUGCUUCACCAUCAUUGCUUCAGAUCCCUCUCAUUCCAAUCACAAUACUUCUACUGCUGAUUCUCUCUCUUCCAUCCAUUCCACUACUGUUACUCUUAAUACCAAUCCACUUCACAUCACACGGGGAGUAGAGAACCUAAGUAUUGAAGGGGAGAUAAGAACAAGCAGAGAGGUAGUGAGAGAAGGGAUUGCAGAAGGGGAAGCUACAUCACUGUAUUUCCUUCACCCUUGUUACUAUUUCAAAUUAGCCAGGGUAGCUUUUUUAAAAUGUUUUGGCUUCGAUUCAACAUCUGAAUCCGAUAAUCCUUCAACCCAAAAUUAUAUGGGAAAAAAGAAGGAUAGCUAGGUGAGAAUGAAAUUCUCACCAUCAUUCUUUUUUGGUAUAUUAAUUAGUUUAUUAUCUUUAGGAAUAGAUUCAUCAAAAAAGCAAUGUAUUAAAAUUCGUACUAAAUAUUGAAUCAGCAAAACAUGCAACUCACGAUUGAAUUGAUUUAACCUAUUCAAAUUGAGAUGAAACAGUGAUCAAGUUAGUGGUA